AAAUGGCGACCCUGCCCCCCUUUGUAACGUAAAUAUCGCCAAUAGACGGGAGAAAAGCAAAGACCGCCCAGAUCCAAGAUGGCGUCGCCCAUGAGGGCAAUGAUGUUGGGAAGCCGAGCGCUGAGAUGUCUGCGGGUCAUCGGGCUACAGAGGAGCUACGUCACAGCCAGUGACAGGAGGGAUGUGAAAUUUAAACUCGAUGAGAAAACUGCCCACAGUAGCCUGGACCUGAUCAAGAAGGACACAGGGAUAAUCUAUCGCAUGCUAGGUAUUGACCCCUCCAAAAUCCCACAGAACCCUGAACGUUUUCGAGAAUGGGCUGUAGUGCUGGGGGACACAUCGAUGUCAAACGGUCGCUAUUACUGGGAGGUGACGGUGAAGAAGUCCAAUGAAUUCCGCAUAGGUGUCACAGAUGCAGAUAUGUCUAGAGAUGAAUGCAUUGGAGUCAAUAACCGUUCUUGGGUGUUUGCCUACAGCCAUAAAAAAUGGCAUGGCAUGGUGGCAAAUAAAACAAUCCCCAUCACCAAUAUUGGCCAUCCUAGCAAAGUGGGACUCCUACUGGACUAUGAUAAUGGGAAGCUAAGCCUUGUGGACUCUGAAAAGGGUUCCCUCAUCCACACUCUCAAUGCAGAGUUUCGAGGUCCAUUGUUGCCUGCGUUUGGUCUGUGGGAUGGAGAACUUCUAACUCAUUCUGGCUUGGAUGUCCCUGACAAUCUGUGAAGCCAAUAAGUGUUUUCAUUCAAGUGCCUCUUCAGUCCAUAUUGUACUAUGGUCAACAGCUGAACUUAUUUUGCUGGUGAUGGGUAUCCAAUAUAUUGCAGUGUUAAAGCUUUGUUUAAUUGUGCAGUGCUUUACCUUCUACAAGUCCAUCUGUAUUCAGUGUCAAUAUAUAAGUGGAAAUUGUUCAAGUAAUAUCUGUACCUUAUUAAAAGUAAUACACAGCCAAGAUUGAGAAGUUACCUACAUCUCGCUGAAAUAAACACAAAUGCAAUUGAAGUCCACAUCGGAGCACAGUCAACUGAUUGUUUCAUCUACCGCAAUUUCAUUUCUAUGCCAGCCGAUUCCAUAGUGUUCAACUAUUUUAGCCAGCAUUAUGCAUGAUUUUUAUGAGUUGAUUUCAUAUAUAUAUACUUAUUUGUGACUCUUCAGUGUAAGACAAGGAAGGGCGCAGAGCUUGGAUAUAAUAUAAUUAAGCUAUUUCAGUACUGGUAAACUGUAUAAAAUAAAGAACCGAGAAUUUUCCCAAAGAAUGA